GGACUGCCAUCAAGAGUAGGAGGGGGAUAGAGCGAAAAAGGAAAAGGAGGAGCAGAGGACAAGACAAGGUGGGUGGAGAGAGAGAGAGAGAGAGCGGGCACGGCAAAGACUUGAGCGAGGAGGAGGACAAAAUGGAUGGUUGGCUGCGAUCUAUGAAGCCGUCCAGCACUCGCAUCGCCAUCGACUUGGGUACUUCUUCUUGUGCCGCCGCCGUUUGGCGCGAUGGCAGGGUUCAUGUAAUACCCAACGAGUUCGGCAGACUCUCAACCCCCUCUGUCGUUGCUUUCACGGACAAGAAGCGUUUCUUGGGCGAACAAGCUCAGAAGCUAGUUCAGCGGCGAGCGGAAAAUGUGCUGUUUGAGGUCAAACGACUGAUCGGGAGGGAGUACGAUCAGAUAGCAAGGGGUAGAGAUCUCAGGAGCUGGCCUUUCAAAGUCGUGAAAGGGGUUUCCGGAGAGUCAAGAGUUGAGGUCAGCAGUGAAUUCCUGUCCUCGCUUCUGAGCGAGGAUAGAAGAAGUGUCCACCUUCACGGCGAUGGCAGCAGCGAAGCGGACCUUUCAGCGAAGGAAAGGACGGUGUCCGGGGACCCAUCGACCGCUUCAGUGCCUUCGCAUCUGGGAACGGAGCGGAUCGGCGUGCCGACCCUCCCGCCUCGUGCUCUCGCCGGCCGACUGAACCCCCCCGAUCGUCCUCCCCGAAACAAUCCCAACAACCCGCAUCCUUAUCGAGGAACACCUUCCGAGGUAAAGAGCACAUUCUUUGCGCCGGAGGAGAUUCUAGCGAUGCUGUUGGCCAAGAUGAAGAGGCUCGGUGAAAAUUUCCUCCAAGCCAGCGAGCUGAACGCGGCGGCAAUUACCGUGCCGUCUUGUUACAACGACAGGCAACGGGUGGCUACGAAGUUGGCGGCGGAGAUUGCAGGCUUCACUGACGUGAUACUUGUCGACGAGGUCACCGCUGCUGCGCUAUCUUAUGCUCAUCACACGGGCAUGAUAUCGCAUGAAACAGGGGGUCGUCUUGAAGCAAAUGGGAGUGGGGGUAGAGGAGGUGGUUGGAAGAUAGUCGUGUUCGCACUGGGUGGAGGGAGCUUUGACGUUGCCCUGGUCACCAUCGCUGAUGGAAGGUUGACAGUGCACGGAGUUGCUGGCAAUCCCAGUCUCGGUGGAAAGGACUUCGACGACAAGAUAACUGACCUCAUCAUCAGAGAUUGCACUAGGAAGUAUGGUCGUAGCUCACAGAUGAGUAGAGGUACCAUGCGGAGGUUAAAGAUCGCCAGCGAGAAGGCGAAAAGAGAUCUGACGCUGCUCAGCGACACAAGCAUCGAGAUUGAGGCGGCGUUCGACGGCGAGGAAGACAUCCAGAUGUGUUUGGAGAGGGUGCAGUUCGAGGAAGCUUCGGAGAAGUUUCUCGGAGAAUGCACGGGAACUGUAUACGAACUCCUCAGAGAAACUCAGACUAGACCGGAGGAGGUGGACGAGGUUGUGCUCGUCGGAGGGUCCACGCGCAUUCCCAAGAUAGUCGGGAUGCUGACCGAGAUCUUUCAAAGGGACCCUGUGCCCCUUUUCCACCAAGACGAAGCAGUCGUUCGCGGUGCAGCUCUUCUCACGGCGUUUGGAGUUCAGGUCUGCCAUACCAGCCCCUGGGGUAUAGUAUUUCUUCACCCGGAGGGAAAGCCUAGUAGAGCUAAUUUCGGUGCUAGACCAGAAACUUUGAGAUUAACCCUUUCUCCCAAACUCUUUUCUCGAUCUGAAUGGAGAGAGACGGAGUGGCAUACGCUGCUAUAUGAGGGUAGGCCUAGCUCCAGACAGUUGAUACCUGUGGGUGCGUUAUUCGCUACGUUCGAAGAUGAGGCGAUGUCCGAGAGGUUCCAAGAUGAGGUGGAGUACGUGUCUUUCGAGCUUGAGUUAGCUACGUGUGGAGUGCUUGGACUACGGGAAGUGCAGUCAAACUUCAAGAGCGGGGGUCUGUCAUUGGUUAAAUAUUGGCAAUCACCCGUCGAAGAGGUCAGUUCAUGGAAGGAGCGCGCUGAGAGGCUGAUUGAUUUCGAAAGGACUUGUGCGCAAAUUAGCAAAGCGAGGCAUCGUUGGCAGAAAUACACCGCCGAAGUGGCUAAAAGGGAGACUGGGAGCCCUGAUUGGCUGCGGUCCGUCGUAUGCUCUCUCAGGCUUGAGGUAGACCAGUGGCUUGAAGAAGCAGAGCAGAAACAAACGUGGGGCGCCGCGGAGUUUGAGUCGCGAUUCGAGCACUUCCGCCGCGUGUGCGGACUGGCAUUCGGGGAGAUGUGGGCGCGGUCCAUUUCCAACAGGAGGUUCCUGGUCGUCGAUCGAUGGAGUGCAAAUGACUUCGCCCAUUGUCUGCAGAAUCUCGCCGGCGAUGGAUGUGGCCAAUCAAGCCACAGGGCGUCCAGCGGUAGUAGCAGCGGCGGCGGCGGGAAGUCCAGAUUUGAUGCUGGCCUCUGCGAUCUUGUCGUCGUUUUGCCACAUGACAGGUUUCCCGACACAGAGAAACAGGUGAAAGGGGCGUGCGACGGCAUCGAGGUAGCCGCACCUUACACGAUGUCGCCGCAGCGUCUGAGAGGUCGAGGCGCUAGCUACGUGGUUGUUGGAACUGAGGGCGAGAACCCGGAUUGGAACGCAAACAUUGGCCGACAGGUGGCCAUGGCUGUGCAUGCGGGACUUCUCGUCGUACUGCGCAUCGAAGGACGCCCUCCCGCUAAUCACGAAGACCUCUGGGAGCAGGAAGGCCUUUCAGACCUGGAAGAGGAGAGACGGCACUGCCGAGAACAGCUUAUUGCUGUAAUACGGGAGGUUGGCAGGGACUGGAGAAACGUUGUCCUCGCGUAUUGCCCUCCCUGGUUCGACAUGCUGACGGUGGAGACGUCUGAUACCGACGAAGGAGUCGACAUGUCUCUUCUACUCAAGCAUGUGGUGGGGGUCGUUCAGCAUCUACGACAAGUCUUAGCGACUUCCAUCGAUCCCGACGCAGCUUCAGCCACGCGCAUCAUCUUUGGGGGCGGGGGCCACGUAACCGACAGAAUCUGGAAUGAGCUCACGAAAGAUAAGGACAUCGACGGGUUUCUUCUUGAUCACGCACUCCGAAGCGCGGAUGUCAUCAACAGAAUAGCUCUGCCUCGAUGGAAGAGCACUGGAAAGCUCUUACUGUGCGGAAAGAUCGACAAAGUGAGCGAUUUCAAAGAGAACAAGCGCCGGAAGGCCGUGAUGUCUGUUGCACAAGCCAUCGAACAGAGCGGACGUGGUGUGGUCGCCACCUUAGCAAUCUGGUCGUACAAGCGAGCGCGAGUCGAAGGCAUGUGCAGGGCAGGGACUUACAUCUUCUGCGAAGAGGGCCUCCGAGCGUGCGGAUCACGAACGGGAGGCGCAGCUUGGAAGAUGGAGAUCAUCCCAGUUUCUGGUCCCUCCUUAGACAUGGGACAGAGUUUGAUGGCACUGGACGAUCAGUUGUCUACGAUCAAAGAAGACUUGGAGAAUACAGAUGGAAGAUGGGAGGAGGUGGUCCUAGAGUACAGGCACGCGAUUGGUGUGGAAACUUCUGGCAGUAGUCUUUGCAAGGUCGUGGAUCGCGCUCUUAACCGGAUGAGGAGAUGGCUCCUCACGCAUGUGAAUCCAACGACGGCAGAGGCGGUUCGGAUCAUCUACUUCUUGGACGAGAACCGAAAGCUCGACACGUUGCAGGACAUCGUGACGUUGCCGAAUCUAGAUGGGGUGAGCUUGAGGCUUCAGGUUUUUGUUGUGAAUUCGCCUAAAAGGGGAGAGAAGAGCCCCAGGACGGGUCAAGCAACGCGCCUGCAGAGGGAUCUGGCAUGCUCGGGUCUGAGCUUGUGCUCCUGCCGUGAUGCUUCCGCGAAAAGUGAAGUGUUUGACGUGACGGGGGUGAGAUUGCGUGACAGCACGAGUUGCACCUCGAAGGCUCGAACGCGUGACAGCUCUGCUGCCAGCCGCAUAAGCUCUCAGGGGGGAGAGGGUGUGGAUAACUGCGGUGAAAAGGAGGAGGAGGAGAAGGAGGAGGAGGAGGAGGAGGAGGAGGAGGAGAAGGAGGAGGAGGAGGAGGAGGAGAAGGAGGAGGAUAGAGACACUCGCAUCGCCAUCGACUUGGGUACUUCUUCUUGUGCCGCCGCCGUUUGGCGCGAUGGCAGGGUUCAUGUAAUACCCAACGAGUUCGGCAGACUCUCAACCCCCUCUGUCGUUGCUUUCACGGACAAGAAGCGUUUCUUGGGCGAACAAGCUCAGAAGCUAGUUCAGCGGCGAGCGGAAAAUGUGCUGUUUGAGGUCAAACGACUGAUCGGGAGGGAGUACGAUCAGAUAGCAAGGGGUAGAGAUCUCAGGAGCUGGCCUUUCAAAGUCGUGAAAGGGGUUUCCGGAGAGUCAAGAGUUGAGGUCAGCAGUGAAUUCCUGUCCUCGCUUCUGAGCGAGGAUAGAAGAAGUGUCCACCUUCACGGCGAUGGCAGCAGCGAAGCGGACCUUUCAGCGAAGGAAAGGACGGUGUCCGGGGACCCAUCGACCGCUUCAGUGCCUUCGCAUCUGGGAACGGAGCGGAUCGGCGUGCCGACCCUCCCGCCUCGUGCUCUCGCCGGCCGACUGAACCCCCCCGAUCGUCCUCCCCGAAACAAUCCCAACAACCCGCAUCCUUAUCGAGGAACACCUUCCGAGGUAAAGAGCACAUUCUUUGCGCCGGAGGAGAUUCUAGCGAUGCUGUUGGCCAAGAUGAAGAGGCUCGGUGAAAAUUUCCUCCAAGCCAGCGAGCUGAACGCGGCGGCAAUUACCGUGCCGUCUUGUUACAACGACAGGCAACGGGUGGCUACGAAGUUGGCGGCGGAGAUUGCAGGCUUCACUGACGUGAUACUUGUCGACGAGGUCACCGCUGCUGCGCUAUCUUAUGCUCAUCACACGGGCAUGAUAUCGCAUGAAACAGGGGGUCGUCUUGAAGCAAAUGGGAGUGGGGGUAGAGGAGGUGGUUGGAAGAUAGUCGUGUUCGCACUGGGUGGAGGGAGCUUUGACGUUGCCCUGGUCACCAUCGCUGAUGGAAGGUUGACAGUGCACGGAGUUGCUGGCAAUCCCAGUCUCGGUGGAAAGGACUUCGACGACAAGAUAACUGACCUCAUCAUCAGAGAUUGCACUAGGAAGUAUGGUCGUAGCUCACAGAUGAGUAGAGGUACCAUGCGGAGGUUAAAGAUCGCCAGCGAGAAGGCGAAAAGAGAUCUGACGCUGCUCAGCGACACAAGCAUCGAGAUUGAGGCGGCGUUCGACGGCGAGGAAGACAUCCAGAUGUGUUUGGAGAGGGUGCAGUUCGAGGAAGCUUCGGAGAAGUUUCUCGGAGAAUGCACGGGAACUGUAUACGAACUCCUCAGAGAAACUCAGACUAGACCGGAGGAGGUGGACGAGGUUGUGCUCGUCGGAGGGUCCACGCGCAUUCCCAAGAUAGUCGGGAUGCUGACCGAGAUCUUUCAAAGGGACCCUGUGCCCCUUUUCCACCAAGACGAAGCAGUCGUUCGCGGUGCAGCUCUUCUCACGGCGUUUGGAGUUCAGGUCUGCCAUACCAGCCCCUGGGGUAUAGUAUUUCUUCACCCGGAGGGAAAGCCUAGUAGAGCUAAUUUCGGUGCUAGACCAGAAACUUUGAGAUUAACCCUUUCUCCCAAACUCUUUUCUCGAUCUGAAUGGAGAGAGACGGAGUGGCAUACGCUGCUAUAUGAGGGUAGGCCUAGCUCCAGACAGUUGAUACCUGUGGGUGCGUUAUUCGCUACGUUCGAAGAUGAGGCGAUGUCCGAGAGGUUCCAAGAUGAGGUGGAGUACGUGUCUUUCGAGCUUGAGUUAGCUACGUGUGGAGUGCUUGGACUACGGGAAGUGCAGUCAAACUUCAAGAGCGGGGGUCUGUCAUUGGUUAAAUAUUGGCAAUCACCCGUCGAAGAGGUCAGUUCAUGGAAGGAGCGCGCUGAGAGGCUGAUUGAUUUCGAAAGGACUUGUGCGCAAAUUAGCAAAGCGAGGCAUCGUUGGCAGAAAUACACCGCCGAAGUGGCUAAAAGGGAGACUGGGAGCCCUGAUUGGCUGCGGUCCGUCGUAUGCUCUCUCAGGCUUGAGGUAGACCAGUGGCUUGAAGAAGCAGAGCAGAAACAAACGUGGGGCGCCGCGGAGUUUGAGUCGCGAUUCGAGCACUUCCGCCGCGUGUGCGGACUGGCAUUCGGGGAGAUGUGGGCGCGGUCCAUUUCCAACAGGAGGUUCCUGGUCGUCGAUCGAUGGAGUGCAAAUGACUUCGCCCAUUGUCUGCAGAAUCUCGCCGGCGAUGGAUGUGGCCAAUCAAGCCACAGGGCGUCCAGCGGUAGUAGCAGCGGCGGCGGCGGGAAGUCCAGAUUUGAUGCUGGCCUCUGCGAUCUUGUCGUCGUUUUGCCACAUGACAGGUUUCCCGACACAGAGAAACAGGUGAAAGGGGCGUGCGACGGCAUCGAGGUAGCCGCACCUUACACGAUGUCGCCGCAGCGUCUGAGAGGUCGAGGCGCUAGCUACGUGGUUGUUGGAACUGAGGGCGAGAACCCGGAUUGGAACGCAAACAUUGGCCGACAGGUGGCCAUGGCUGUGCAUGCGGGACUUCUCGUCGUACUGCGCAUCGAAGGACGCCCUCCCGCUAAUCACGAAGACCUCUGGGAGCAGGAAGGCCUUUCAGACCUGGAAGAGGAGAGACGGCACUGCCGAGAACAGCUUAUUGCUGUAAUACGGGAGGUUGGCAGGGACUGGAGAAACGUUGUCCUCGCGUAUUGCCCUCCCUGGUUCGACAUGCUGACGGUGGAGACGUCUGAUACCGACGAAGGAGUCGACAUGUCUCUUCUACUCAAGCAUGUGGUGGGGGUCGUUCAGCAUCUACGACAAGUCUUAGCGACUUCCAUCGAUCCCGACGCAGCUUCAGCCACGCGCAUCAUCUUUGGGGGCGGGGGCCACGUAACCGACAGAAUCUGGAAUGAGCUCACGAAAGAUAAGGACAUCGACGGGUUUCUUCUUGAUCACGCACUCCGAAGCGCGGAUGUCAUCAACAGAAUAGCUCUGCCUCGAUGGAAGAGCACUGGAAAGCUCUUACUGUGCGGAAAGAUCGACAAAGUGAGCGAUUUCAAAGAGAACAAGCGCCGGAAGGCCGUGAUGUCUGUUGCACAAGCCAUCGAACAGAGCGGACGUGGUGUGGUCGCCACCUUAGCAAUCUGGUCGUACAAGCGAGCGCGAGUCGAAGGCAUGUGCAGGGCAGGGACUUACAUCUUCUGCGAAGAGGGCCUCCGAGCGUGCGGAUCACGAACGGGAGGCGCAGCUUGGAAGAUGGAGAUCAUCCCAGUUUCUGGUCCCUCCUUAGACAUGGGACAGAGUUUGAUGGCACUGGACGAUCAGUUGUCUACGAUCAAAGAAGACUUGGAGAAUACAGAUGGAAGAUGGGAGGAGGUGGUCCUAGAGUACAGGCACGCGAUUGGUGUGGAAACUUCUGGCAGUAGUCUUUGCAAGGUCGUGGAUCGCGCUCUUAACCGGAUGAGGAGAUGGCUCCUCACGCAUGUGAAUCCAACGACGGCAGAGGCGGUUCGGAUCAUCUACUUCUUGGACGAGAACCGAAAGCUCGACACGUUGCAGGACAUCGUGACGUUGCCGAAUCUAGAUGGGGUGAGCUUGAGGCUUCAGUAACUUGGGGGCUGCUCUACGGAGGAGGAGGGGGAGGUUAGGGCCACGCUCCAACCCUUGUUGAUUAGACAAACAUGGCAAGCCUCAAGAAAAAGAGGCCUCCGCUUCUUUUUUGUGAGAGGUAGCUUUAUCUGCAGGGUUCUCGUGUAUGGGCUUACGAGUAGCGGUAUCUCAUUGGGUGGAGCCCUCCUUCAAUCACGGAUUAUAUAGAGGGCGUCAGGAUCACUGCUGACAGAAGUUGAGUUUAUUCCAGAAAAUGUGGCAGUUACUUUGUUCACUGUUGUUGCAACCACCACCAUCAGAUCAUUUGUGAUCUGAUUGCUGGGAAGCACUCUGCUGUGAUUUCAGGUGGGAGGUCUCUGUUUCUCUUUUUUUUUUUUGCCUUUCUCCUGUUUUCUCACACCAGAAAUUGGUAAUGAACCUGUCAGGCCGCU